UCAAACUGUAUGAUCUUUACCUUACUUUGAGUGGACGUUUUUUAUAUUUGGUACAACACUGUCAAAAGCUGCGUCACUUUCGAAGGAUGCCAAACUGCAGGCAUGAAAUUCAAUCACCAGUCAAAUUACAAGAUUUUAUUCGUAACCCCUGCCGUCACUCUCAGCUAUCACAUCAUGUCCGACGAUGACAAUUAUGUCCCUUACGUCUCUGUCAAGGAACGAAAACUUCAGAAACUUCUUGAACAUGCUAAAAAGCGUAGAAAAGUCGCAGAGGACGACACGAAGGUAGAGGAACAGCCCACUAAAGCAAGCUUGUUGGAUCAACAUGCCAAGUUGAUCAAGGCAGCACCCAAAGUUCCAGAGCAUGUCAAGAAAAAGAUGGAAGAAGAGUUGAUCCUUGAAUCUGUAAGUGAAAACAAAGCUUUGAUGGGGGUUCAUGAACUAGCUCAAGGUGUUACAUACACUGAAUCCAUCAAGACCGGUUGGAAGCCCCCAAAGUAUGUGAAACUUCACAAAUCUGAUAAAGUCAGAAGUAAAUCUUCAAUAAAUGUCACUGGAGUUGAGGUUCCGCCUCCGUUGAAGUAUUUCCGAGACAUGAAAUUUCCCAUACCUGUGGUUGCUGCUUUAAUGGCUAAAGAAAUCACUAGACCCUCCCCCAUUCAGAUGCAAGUCAUUCCAGCAGCUUUGUCAGGCAGAGACGUUAUUGGAAUUGCAAGUACUGGUUCAGGAAAAUCAUUAUCAUUCAUCCUUCCAUUGAUAAUGUUCAGUUUAGAACAAGAAAAACGGUUACCAUUUGCAGAAAAUGAGGGACCGUACGGUCUCGUUCUAGUCCCCUCUCGAGAACUGGCUCAGCAGCUCUAUGAAAACGUUAACUACUACACAGACGUGCUUAGCAGCAACAAAUUCCCUAAACUUCGCACAGCACUGUGCAUCGGUGGAACAGACAUGCGUGAACAAGUUCGUCAAAUUAGCGGGGGUGUUCACAUUAUAGUAGCUACACCAGGUAGACUAAUCGACAUGUUAGGUAAACAAAUCAUUAACUUUCAAGUUUGUAGAUAUCUGGUGUUGGAUGAGGCUGAUAGAAUGGUUGAUAUGGGUUUUGAAGAGGAUGUACGUCAGGUUUUCUCCUAUUUUAAAGGACAACGCCAAACAUUGUUGUUCAGUGCUACUAUGCCCCUGAAUCAGAACUUUGCUAAAAGUGCUUUGGUAAAUCCUAUCACGGUGAAUAUUGGUCGUGCAGGAGCAGCAAGUGCAAAUAUUACCCAAACUGUGGUGUAUGCUCAUUUUGAGGAACGUUUGUCCUAUUUACUGGAUGCUAUUCAGAAAACUGGACCUCCAGUUCUUAUAUUUUCUGAAAAGAAAUCAGAAGUUGACGAAAUUCACGAGUUCUUGUUACUCAAAGGACUCGAUGCUGUUGCAAUUCAUGGCGGCAAAGAUCAGGACGACAGACGGUGGAGUUUGCGCCAAUUCAAGGACAAAAAACAAGAUAUAUUGAUCGCAACAGACAUUGCCUCUAAAGGACUCGAUUUAGAAAACAUACAACAUGUCAUUAACUUCGACAUGCCCGACGACAUUGAAAACUAUGUGCAUCGCAUAGGAAGGACAGGUCGUGGAAACUCUAAAGGUCUCUCUACUACCUUCAUAAACCGAACCUGCUCCAUAACUACCCUCCUCGACCUUAAACACCUGCUCAUCGAAGCUAAACAGGAAGUUGCUGACGUCCUGUUGCAGUUAGAUGAUGACGUCACUGUUGCAGCUGAAGGUUGUGAGUUCUGUGGAGGUCUUGGUCAUAGAAUUUCGGACUGUCCUAAGUUGGAGGCCAAUAGGAGAAAACAGGAUGCCAACAUGGGGAAGAAGGAUUAUGUAGCUCAGGGUGGUGCUGAUUAUUAAAUAAUUACUGGAUUAAUUAACUAAUUAAAUCUAACUAAUUAGACAUUAUCAAGGUUUUUUAAAUAGAUCUUUGACAGUAUCAACCAUUUUAUUGAUACA